UCGUAUUCUAGCAGUGACCCAUCAAUUCAGAGCUCUGCUUUUUCUAAGCUGCUCCUAACUUAUUACAGCUGUGUGAUUGUGCUUGGCCCAGCUGCAUGUGUGGUGUGGCAGAUACAAACGGACGGGAUUAUUUUUCCUUGCACAGCUAACGUACGGCAAAAAUGGGGACCUAGCUAGAGACUAGAAAUUAAUCUGUACAAACGGACGGGAUAUUUUUUCCAACUGGAUGGAGAGGCUCCAUCGAGUAGAAGACUGAGUCCUCAUAAGGACGUUUUCACAAAAUACUGAACAUAGUAGGAUGCAAUCCACCCGCAUCAAUCUGAACAGUCUGUAAAUGAUCGGAUGGCUCCUGUGCCUCCUAGUACAUUAGUACACCUCAUGGAGCUAGUGCACAGCAUAUGCCCCCAUAAAACCCCCGCUGCCCUUGUUCCUCUCCGGCGACCACAUCACAAGAGCUACGUAUCAAUCCCAAGCAUCCCUUCCUUGGUUCCUAAGCCAGAGUUUGUUGUUCUUUUGUCUGAUCGAUUGAGGGGCCAUGACGUCGUGGGCGGACCAGUGGGACACCGGCGCCGACCCCAGCCCUCGCCGCGGCAGCGGCAGCAGCGGCGACGGGAAGAAGCAGGGUGGCGACCGCGUCGACAAGACCAAGGCGGCCGCGGUGACCGGGCUGAAGAAGGUCAAGGCGGGCACCGCGCAGGGCUUCCAGUGGAUCAAGGACAAGUACCACCAGAAGAAGAACGCCGGCGGCGGCAAGAACAGCAACAAGCAGGGGGGCGGCGGCUCCCAGAUAGCGGCUGGGUACUGAUGGAUUCGAUCGAUCACGAGGAUCCGAGACGUGCGAUUAUACAGGAUGUAAUUAAGUAGUACUGCGAUUGGGCUGGUCCUGCAGCUUGCGGUUCGUGUGUCUGUAUAUUCGGUAGCUUAACCGGUUAGUAGAGAUUUUUUCGCUAAACCUCCUCUAACUCUGAUCUAUUCGGUAGCUUCUUUUGCACUAAUAUUACUUUUGCGGGAGUACUACACUAUUUCAUUUCAUAUUUUUAUUAUUGUUUCUGCUUGAUGUA